GUCAAGGCUUAAACCUGAGCCCUACAUCCACCUCCACACACACACACACUCACACAUACACAAAGAGGAGAGGGAGAGCAGCCUGUCCUUCCAUCACUCCGCCAUGAGUAGCAUCGGAUAUGACCCCUACUAUUCCGCCUCGCCAUACAGGCGCUGGUAUGCCGAGGCUCCCCCUCGUGUCGCUGUGACCAGAGGGAGGACUCAUUCCAUCUACUCCUCCCAUGCUUCCCCGCAGUCCUCCUCCCGUCUGCAGUACUCCUCUCCCGGCCGAGUGCUGCUCUCCUCCUCCUCACAAGCCUCUUCCGUGGAACUGGAACUCAGCCAGGCCGCCCAGAUCAGCUCUGAAUUCCGCACCGUACGCACCCAAGAGCGUAGCCAGCUGCAGGACCUCAACGACCGCUUUGCCGGCUUUAUUGAGAGAGUGCGGGAGCUGGAGCAGCAGAACCGUGCUUUGGAGGCAGAGCUGGUGCUGCUGAGGCAGAGGUACAACGAGCCAUCUCGCCUGAGGGCGCUGUAUGAGCAAGAGGCCCGGUCCCUGAGGGCUGCCGUGGAUGAGGCCAGGGCGGAACAACAAGCCGUCCUGGGACAGCGAGAGCGGCUGGAGCAAACCCUGAGCGCUCUGCAGGGUCGAUAUGAGGAGGAGGUGAUGGCUCGCGAAGAGGCCGAGGGCAGGCUGAUGGAAGCCCGUCGUGAGGCCGACCAGGCCGCCUUAGCUAAGGCCGAGCUGGAGAAGCGAAUCGAAACUCUGCUGGACGAGCUGGCCUUCCUCAAGAGGAUUCAUGAAGGCGAGGUGGUUGAGCUCCAGGCCCAAGUUCAGCUGGGUGUCCAGGUAUCAGUAGAGUCUGAGGCCACAGCUCCGGACCUCUCUGGAGCUCUCAGGGACAUCCGGUCCCAGUAUGAAAGGCUGGCAGCGAGAAACAUGCAUGCAGCAGAGGAGUGGUUCAGAGGCAAGGUGGGCUCCAUGACUGAAACCGUGGCCCAGCACAGCGACGCCGUGAGAAGCUCCAAGGACGAAGCGGGAGAGUACCGACGCCAGCUCCAGGCUCGCCUGCUGGAGAUCGACGCAUGCAGAGGCCUCAACGAAUCCCUGGAGAAACAGCUGCACGACAUGGAGGACAAGCAGAGCGCUGAGAUUGAUGCUAUGCACGACACCAUUGCAGAAUUGGAGAGUGAGCAGAGGGGCACCAAACAGGAAAUGGCACGCUACCUGAAAGAGUACCAGGACCUUCUGAACGUCAAGAUGGCUCUGGACAUCGAGAUUGCUGCAUACAGGAAGCUGCUGGAAGGGGAGGAGUCUCGCUUCAGUGUGGGAGUGUCUGGGGGUGUGUCCUCUCUGUACAGCCACAGUUUCUCAGCACCAUCCUUCGCCCGGCCUAUCCUCUCCAGCAUGAGCUCUGGCACCUCCUACAUGAUGACAUCACGCCUGCUCAGCUCCAGCCUCAGCACCAGUGAGGGGAUAAUGUCUGCAAGCCGCGCCCAUCAAGCAGAGGCCAGCCCACCUGGGGAAGAGGAGGAGGAGGACGCGGCGGAGGUAAACAAGGAAGAGGAGCAGGAGGAAGAGGAGAACGAAGAAGAGGGAGGAGAGGAGACAGAGGAGAAAAAAGAGGAAGAGGAGAAAGAGGAUGCUGAAGAAGGAGAGGAGGGAGAGAAAGAGAAAGAAGAUGAAGAAGAGGCUAAGGGAGAUGAAGAUGCUAAGGAGGGAGAAGAGGGUGGUGAUGAGAAGGAGCAAAUGGAAGAGGUGACAGAGGCCUCUGAAGAUGAUGGGGAGAAGGGUGACAAAGGAGAAGGAGAGAAGACCGAGGUUAAAGAGGAAGCACAAGAGGAAGUGAAAACAGAGGGAGAUGACAAAGAUGAUGAUGCAAAAGAAGAAGAAAAAGAGGAGAAGGAAGAGGAGAAAAAAAGUGAAGAGAAAGAAGAUAAAGUGGAUGCCAAGAAAGACGACAAAGCCGACGACAAAGACGACAAAGCCGCUCCGAAAACAGAUGACAAAGCUGACGCCAAAAAGGAGAAAGAGGAAGGAAAAGCAGUCAAACCUGAAGCUGCCGAAGAAAAGAGCACAAAGGGUAAAAAGUAAGCCAGAAACCUCAGCAAACCUAGACUGUCCUUUAGCUCAAUAACCAGCAUCUACGCUAACCUCUUCAAUCUGCUUGUUAACAUGGUGCUCAAUAAAACAUGCCAUUUACAGCAACAAAUCAAGGUUAACUGCUUGCCAAAGUAUUGCCAGAGUAUUCCAUAAAGAUCUGGUUGCACACUUCCUGAUAAGUGUAAUAUGUGUAAUUGCUGAAUACAAAAGUGAGCGUGUGAGUUUCUGGUGGUUAAAUAAACACCUCUUAAAGCCA